AUGACCGCAAAGAUGACUACCAAGUCCAUAACGCUAAAAUUGAUGAUACGUAGCCCAGAUGCACCCAUAGAGACUCCGAAAUAUCUUGGCCAUGGAGAGUGCGAUGUGCAGAAUAAAUCAGCAUCUUUGGACCACCCGACUACUUCUGCUCAGGUAAUCGCAAACAAAAUCCGCAAACAAAAUUAUUCUGCGUCGACACUUAGGAUGCGCCAAUGAAA